CAUCCAUCUAUCCAUCUAUCUAUCCAUCUAUCUAUCUAUCGCAUUCCUUAAUGCACACCUAAUGUCUAGAGUACACGGGCGUGGUUCUACAUAGUAGCCCGAACACUAUGUGUAAGUUAAGUAUGCAUUUGAAUCUAAAUUCAGUAAUCUAAACAUUUACUAGAUACUUGAUUAUCACUUAAAACGUGGACAAAAUUUGGUGGUUGAAAGUAAAAUCAGCUGCUACAUGUAUGACUGUGGAGAUGGAAGAAGACAGUGUAGCAUGGGUCUUCCAUCAUGCCUGUAUGACAGUGUAAUCUGCAUUGUUUUCAUAAAACAUAGUUUAAUAAUAAAACAUCAGCAUGCUAAAUAAGCUGUUCCUGCAGUGGUUUACCAGAUGUCCCUGGUCCCUGAUUGGGUGAAGGGUUGCAUCAGGUGUUGCACAGUCUGAAGGUUUAUUUGAUAUCCAAAUGACCAGGAAUCCUGCCUUUGGUCAUAAAUGACACUCCUUUAUGACCCUGAACAGACAGUUACAGCAUCAUCUGAUAAAAAGCCGAUGGGGCAAACUAGCCACUUACUAUUAAUGAAGGCUAUAUGACAUAUGUACAACCCCUGUCCUGGAUGCCAUGUUUGUACCAAAUCAUCAGAAUCAGAAUCCAAUUCCAUGAUUCCAGUCAGCUGUUGACAUCACCGGUUUAACAUGAAGUCAUCAUUUCAUUGUUUUACCUCAUUAAUAGCCCUGAAAUGCAACCAUCCCAUCUUUUUUGGAAUGUGUUGCAGGCAUCAGAACUGAAAUGAGUGCUUAUUUUGAGCAUAACGUUGAUGAGGUAUCACAUCAAAUACUGUGCUGCUGUAUUGUUUUCAAUGUAAUACAGGACACAGAUGAUUUUCACAUCACUAUUUUGAUUUUACAUACAUCCCAACUUGUUCUGAUGUGGGGCUGUACAGUAUAGAGCUGCAUGCAGCCAUUCAUUUACACUGAACAAGCAAACAAUCAAAUUAAUCAGCACUGACACUAAUUCUUGCACAGAACAGAUUGCAUCCAGUUUCUUUUAUUCCAUGUGUAAUUCUUUCAGUAUUUUAUUUUGCAGCUACAAACCUACAACCGAUAUGCUGAAUGACAACUCAAAACAACUGUGUGUGUGAAAAGCAGUUGUGAAAAUCACUUAGUCACCCAAACAGCAAGAAAAACAUUUUCUCACCUGCCUUCGAUGGUGUUCAGCCAUUCAAACGCUGUUGGUUGUAUUUACCCACAUUUUGAGAAAUCCAUGUUUGAGAUAUCUGACUUUGCCCAUGAAUUUUUUAUUUCUGGUGGAAAGAAAUGGAAAGAAAAGUCUAAAAAAAAUGGCCAACAGCAACAUCUCUUUUCAGAAACAGUCUCUAUUACUUUAGACAAUAAAAACACUUUUUAUGUGGAGCGUUUUUUCAGUAGUUUCAAUUAGAUGAAACAAAGGUUUAAAAUAAUGUUUGUGGAUUAAUGGAGAUGCUCUUUUUGGAAACACAUGCUGCUUUUAAAUGUUUUAUUAAUACUUUUUCAGUUCAGUGCCUCCACUGUUUUGCUGCAGCAUCAGGAAUACCAGAGAACCUGGGCAACUAAAAUAAAAGCUAUGACAUGGCUAAUUAUGGAGUGAGGGAGAAAACACGAUUUCUUUAUCUAAUCUGAAUGAACUGCCUUAUUUACUAUAUAUACCAGUCUACACCAUGACUCCAUAGGCAGUUUGACAACAACACAUUCAUCAUUACCUGUGUUACAUGUUUUGCUUCCAUCUUAAUUUGCAAUGCAUAUUUCUUGGGGUGCGUCCUGAGUACAGCCACAGGCUAUGCAUUUAACUCCACUUUAGAGCAGAUGGAGGGAUAAGCUUGUCAGUGGUUAUGAACAUGAUGGACAUCAAGACAGUGGAAAUUGUUCAGUUUCUGCAAUAAACUGGAGUGGAGGUCACUUUAGAAUCCCAAAAUGAAUAAGAAAAGAUACUUUCUGGAUCCUCCAGUGGUCAAAGACUACCUGGUAAAAGGAGAAAGAUUUACCAAGUGGACAGAGGACUCCACUAAGACUGCUCCUGUCACCAUAAAGAUGGAUCCCAAAGGUUUUUAUGUGUACUGGAUUAACCAAAGCAAGGAGACAACAUUUCUGGAUGUUGCUACUAUCAGAGAUACCAGAACAGGAAAAUAUGCUAAACUUCCCAAACACCCUAAGGUCCGUAACGUGUUCAACCUUGAUUUCCCAGACAGCAACCAUCUCGCCAAAACUCUAACCAUCGUCUCGGGUCUAGACACGGUGAAUCUGACCUAUCAUAACUUCUUUGCCUCUAAAGACAAGGUGGCACAGAACUGGGCAAAUGACAUUCUUGAAAUUGCCUACAAUGCUGCAAGAAACAAUGCAUGCAGACAAGUCUUCCUGGACAAAAUAUAUGUCCGCAUUUUUCUUCAGACCAACAAAGACGGCAAGAUCCCAGUGAAGAAUAUUUACAAGAUGUUCCCUGCAGAUAAGAAGAGGGUGGAAAGUGCCUUAGCAUCAGCACACCUCCCUAAAGGAAAGUAUGACAGCAUGAAGCCUGAUGUGUUCACCGAGUCUGCCUUCAAGACGUUUCUGACACAUCUCUGCCCGCGGCCUGAGAUCUAUGAGAUCUUCACUUCUUACUCCACUAAACCAACCAUGACAAAGGAGAACUUCACAAAGUUCCUCAACGAGAAACAGAGGGACUCUCGGCUCAAUGAGGAGCUGUUUCCGCGUCUGCGGCAGGAUCAGAUCAAGGCCCUGAUUGACAAAUAUGAACCCAUCUCAUCUAAUUCUAACAGAGGUCUGAUUUCUCCAGAAGGUCUUUUAUUUUUCUUGAUGGGGCCUGAGACAUCUGUUGUGAUGCAGGACAGGCUAGCUAAGAGUCAGGACAUGACCCAGCCCGUACCCCAUUAUUUCAUCAAAUCGUCCCACAACACAUACCUGACAGCCGGUCAAUUCUCUGGUGUGUCCUCUCCGGAGAUGUACCGUCAGUGCCUGCUGUCCGGCUGUCGGUGUCUGGAGCUGGACUGCUGGAAGGGCAAGCCUCCAGAUGAAGAGCCGAUCAUCACACACGGCUUCACUAUGACAACGGAGAUCCUCUUCAAGGAUGUAAUUGAAGCCAUAGCUGAGAGUGCCUUCAAGACCUCACAGUACCCUGUUAUCCUGUCAUUUGAGAACCACGUUGACUCGGUGAAACAACAGGAGAAAAUGGCCAACUACUGCAAAACUAUAUUUGGCGAUGCCCUGCUAACAGACCCACUGGACAAGUAUCCUCUGAAGCCAGGCCAGCAGAUCCCCAGCCCAUCUGAGCUCAUGGGCAAGAUCCUCAUCAAGAACAAGAAGGGCAGCGAAGCAAAGCCACCCCAGGCUAAAAAACCCACCACAGCAGCCAGUGACCAGGCCACAAGUACAGCUGCAGCCACCAAAGACCCAAACAGUGCUUCCCAGGAUCCUGCAAACCCAGCACCCGGCACCCAGGAUAACCAAGAAGGGGAUCCUGCUGUGGAAGACAAUGAGGAGCAGGAGGAGACAGAGGAACAGGAUGAGGAGAAAAUGAAAACAUCAGAUGAGGGCACAGCUGGACAAGAAGUAAUAGCAUAUGAGGCCAUGUCAUCGCUGGUCAACUACAUCCAGCCCAAUAAAUUCAUCUCUUUUGACAAUGCCAAAAAGAAAAACAAGAGCUAUGUCAUCUCAUCUUUUGUGGAGACCAAAGGGGAGGCAAUGAUCGCCAAGGCUGCUGUUGAAUUUGUCGAAUACAAUAAGAGGCAGAUGAGCAGGAUAUACCCCAAAGGAACAAGAAUGGACUCAUCUAAUUACAACCCUCAGCCUUUUUGGAACGUAGGCUGCCAGAUGGUGGCACUCAACUAUCAGACGAUGGAUUUCCCCAUGCAGCUGAACAUGGCUCUGUUUGAAUUCAAUGGCAGAACAGGCUACCUACUUAAGCAUGACAUUCUGCGUCGCAGUGAUAAGAAGUUUGACCCUUUCUGUGACAGGAUUGACACUGUUGUGGCAAGCACACUGACCAUUAAGAUCUAUUCGGGCCAGUUCCUGUCUGACAAGAAUGUGAAAACAGGGGUGGAGGUGGAGGUGAUCGGGCUGCCAGGAGAGCCCAAGAAGAAAUAUCGCACCAAGUGGUCGACUACAGCCAAUGCCAUUAACCCUGUGUGGAAUGAGGAGCCUUUUGUUUUUGAGAAGAUCCUUCUCCCAGAAAUGGCUUCUCUAAGGAUGGUAGUCAAUGAGGAGAAUGGCAAAUUUGUGGGACACAGAAUCAUCCCUGUUGAUUCCAUCCAGUCAGGCUUUCAUCACAUCUGCCUGCGCACUGAGAGCAACAUGCCACUCACUUUGCCUGCUCUCUUUGUGUACAUCGAGGUCAAGGACUACAUCCCUGCUGCAUUUGCAGAUUUCACAGAUGCUUUAUUUAACCCAACAAAGGGAACAGAGAAGACCACGAAGACUCCCAAGGAGUCAUCUUCUGACUACAUUUCUCCUUAUGAGUUGCCUCUUGUGGCCCAAACCCCCUCGAGCAAAGAUCAGGAAAGUGGAUCCCCUGCCACAGAAAAGCCUUCAUCCGAACCUACACCGCCUGUCAAUGACAAUGACCAAUCAUCCCAGUCUCCACCAGAAGCUAGAGCAGAAGAAAUAAAAGCAGAGGCAGGGAACACAACAGCUACUCCUCAACCUGCAGUGCAACCUCCUGAAACAGCUCCAGCACCAGAUGCAGAAGCAUCUGAAACCCUCCCUGAAGCCACUUCUUCCCCUGUGGAAAAAGGAGAGACAGCUCCUGUAACCAAAGCUGAACUGGUGAAUGACUCCAGCACAAACCCUGAGCCUAACUCAGACAAUAAAACAAUUACAGAGGAGGCUCCAGGACAGCCUGAUGCCAUGUUCAUGUCCUGUCCAGCACCAGGAUCAGAUGACUCAUCUAAGCCGCUGACAAGCAGUGAAGAGCCUUUGACUGUGACUACUGAAGAACUGAAACAGCACAAGAACUAUUUGAAGGUCAUCAAGCGUCAGGAGAAAGAGAUGAAAGAAGUAGAAAAGAAGUAUCAGAAAAAAGGAGAAGACCUGAAUCAAAAAUACUCAGACUCUCUCAAGGCCAUCAAGAAGAAGCUCUCAGUGAAGAAAAAAGAUGGAGGGGGAAACACCUCUGACUCCAGUGUGAAGACAGAACUGGUGCAGGAGCAGAAGGAAAAAAUGCAGGCUGAGCUGCGAGAUCUGUGGACAGAUCAGUAUGAUCAGCUGAAGAAGAAAAAAGAGCAGUUUGCUACAUUAAGACUAGCCAAACUGAUGGAGAUGGCCACAGAGAGACAUAUGAGUGAACUGAAGACCCUGGAGAGUGAAAGCAAAGAAAAUAAGAAGAAAAUGUCCUCAAAAUGUUCAUCCUCAGAAAAAGCAAAGCUGAAAAAGGCAAUGAGCACAGAACAGCUGGAUGAGGCUAGUCAGUCUGACGGCGCAUCUUCAGAUUACAGCCCACAGCAAGAGGCUUUGAUGAAGAAACAGGCUGCUACACUGGAAGAAAUUAAGACUCUGACUAAUCAGCUCAAUCAGGAGGCCCUGAAGGAGCACGAUCAGAAACUGAGGUCUCUGCCAGAGGUGGUGAGGGAGGCUGUCAAUGUCUGUGUGGGGACUCACUUCCCUGAGCUGGUUGACCAGGCUGGAGACAAGAAGGUGGAGGGAGUGGGCAGCUAUGGUGAUGUCUUCCUGGGUUAAACUUUGCUGUUGAUCCCUGACCCCUCGGUUUAGCCCUGUUUUCUCAAUCCUCCAACAUAUUUGAACCUUAAAUAAUCUACAGCAUGAGUAGUUAUGAAACAAUAAAUUAUUCAUUUAGGAAAGCUCUGUGUGAAAUUUCAAUUUAGAGGUGCUAUUCAUAGAAAGAGUAUUUUUUAGCAACUUUCAAGCCUUAAUGAUGUUUUCAUGGAUCUGCUGUAGACCAAAAGUUAGAUGAUUUGUAAAUGAUUUUCUUUUUUUAUUUGACUCUUUAUUUCAGUUGCUUUACACUAGUAGAAAGCUAAUGUACUAAUGCAUGAAGCCACAGCAAAAGUCUGAGAAUUUGUUGUGUUGUCCUCACAAAGAAUAUUCCUAUAAAGUCACUACACCUGGACAAGCAGGACACACAGCACCAGAAAGAAUUGUUGUUAUUGUGAUCAACACUUAAUAAACUUUGUUACCCUGUACACAUGAGUUUACUCUCAAAGGGAGUUUCAUGAUCAUAUUUUGUAUAUGAUGUCUA